CGCUCGGGGCAGCCCGCGCCUCGCUGAGGUCCCCGCCCCGUCCCGGCCGGGCCGGCUCGUCUGUCAGUCACUGGGGCGGCGGCAGCGGCAGUAGCGGGGCCGGAGCCGGGCGGUGAGAAGAGCGCGGGCCAGGCCGGCCGGAGGGGAUCUGCCACAGCCCCUCAACUCUACGGACUCUUCGCCCCAGACUCGCGAAGCUGCACCCCUGCGCCUCGUCGGACGCCUCCGUAACCCGCGAAGGGCUCUCUCCCUCGUCACCCCCCACCCCGUGACCUCCUCGUAGGACCCGAGAGCGCACUCAGACCAGGGUGUUGUGGGUACAGGCCAUCGACCCUGUGACCUCUCACGGGCCAGGGGCUCGGUUUCCCCCACAGGCCUGCCUUCCCUGUGACUCCCUCCUCAGAGAGUCUGGGGACAGAGCCGUGACCUACCACCAGGACCCCCGCCUGUGAACUCUUCACUGACGGCUCCCUCCUCAGAGUCCCCCUCAGUUGGUCUCCUCCUAAGAGCACUCCUUUUGGCCUCUGGCAAGCCCCCCAUCCCCAUCCGAGGUGGGGAGGCCUCGGCAGCCAUGCCCGCCCUGGGCCCCCUGUCACCCCACCGCUCCCUGGGCACCCAAGCUGGGGUCUAGCACGGGGCCAGCAGCCAAGGGGCUGGGGCAGGAGACAGGUCAGGGUCCACCUCCCUGCUGGGGAGGGAGCAAAGAUGGAGCGGCGGGAGGAGCAGCCUGGGGCUGCAGGGGCUGGAGCAGCACCAGCCUUGGACUUCACUGUGGAGAACGUGGAGAAGGCGCUGCACCAGCUCUACUACGAUCCCAACAUUGAGAACAAGAACCUGGCUCAGAAGUGGCUGAUGCAGGCCCAGGUCUCCCCACAGGCCUGGCACUUCAGCUGGCAGCUACUGCAGCCCGACAAGGUGCCUGAGAUCCAGUACUUUGGGGCCAGUGCCCUGCACAUCAAGAUCUCUCGCUACUGGAGUGACAUCCCCACUGACCAGUAUGAAAGUCUAAAGGCACAGCUCUUCACCCAGAUCACCCACUUUGCUAGUGGCUCCAAGAUCGUGCUGACUCGGCUGUGCGUGGCACUGGCCUCCCUGGCUCUCAGCAUGAUGCCUGAUGCUUGGCCAUGUGCUGUGGCAGAUAUGGUACGGCUCUUCCAGGCUGAGGACUCACCGGUGGAUGGUCAGGGCCGCUGCCUGGCCCUACUAGAGCUGCUGACAGUGCUGCCUGAGGAGUUCCAGACGAGCCGCCUGCCCCAGUAUCGCAAAGGCCUGGUGCGGGCCAGCCUGGCAGUGGAGUGCGGGGCUGUCUUCCCGUUGCUAGAGCAGCUGCUACAGCAGCCCAGCUCACCCAGCUGUGUGCGUCAGAAGGUGCUCAAGUGCUUUUCCAGCUGGGUGCAGCUGGAGGUGCCACUGCAGGACUGUGAGGCGCUUAUUCAGGCUGCCUUUGCUGCUCUGCAGGACUCGGAGCUCUUCGACAGCAGUGUGGAGGCCAUUGUCAAUGCCAUUUCACAGCCCGAUGCCCAGAGGUAUGUGAACACACUCCUCAAACUCAUCCCGCUGGUGCUGGGAUUGCAAGAUCAACUGCGACAGGCAGUGCAGAAUGGGGACAUGGAGACCUCCCAUGGCAUCUGUCGCAUUGCUGUGGCCCUGGGCGAGAACCACUCCCGGGCCUUGCUGGACCAAGUGGAGCACUGGCAGAGCUUCCUGGCCCUUGUCAACAUGAUUAUGUUCUGCACCGGCAUCCCUGGCCACUAUCCUGUCAAUGAGACCACCAGUUCCCUGACCCUCACCUUCUGGUACACGUUGCAGGAUGACAUUCUGUCCUUUGAGGCAGAGAAGCAGGCUGUGUACCAGCAGGUGUACCGGCCGGUCUACUUCCAGCUGGUGGAUGUGCUUCUGCACAAGGCCCAGUUUCCUUCUGAUGAGGAAUAUGGAUUCUGGUCCUCAGAUGAGAAGGAGCAGUUCCGAAUUUACAGGGUGGACAUCUCAGAUACGCUCAUGUAUGUGUAUGAGAUGCUGGGGGCCGAGCUGCUCAGCAACCUCUAUGACAAGCUGGGCCGUUUGCUCACCAGCUCAGAGGAGCCCUACUCCUGGCAGCACACAGAGGCCCUGCUCUAUGGCUUCCAAUCCAUCGCAGAGACCAUCGAUGUCAAUUAUUCUGAUGUGGUGCCUGGGCUCAUUGGCCUCAUUCCACGGAUCAGCAUCAGCAACGUGCAGCUGGCGGAUACUGUCAUGUUCACCAUUGGAGCUCUGUCUGAAUGGCUGGCUGACCACCCCGUCAUGAUCAACAGCGUUCUGCCCCUCGUACUGCAUGCCCUAGGCAAUCCUGAGCUCUCUGUCUCUUCAGUGUCCACCCUCAAGAAGAUCUGCCGAGAAUGCAAGUAUGACCUGCCACCCUAUGCUGCUAACAUUGUGGCUGUCUCCCAGGAUGUGUUGAUGAAACAGAUCCACAAGACAAGCCAGUGCAUGUGGCUGAUGCAGGCACUGGGCUUCCUGCUGUCAGCCCUGCAGGUGGAGGAGAUCCUUAAGAACCUGCACUCCCUUAUCUCACCCUAUAUCCAGCAGCUGGAGAAGCUGGCAGAGGAGAUAGUGAGUGAGCUGCCUAAUCCUUCCAACAAACUGGCCAUUGUCCACAUCUUGGGGCUUCUCUCCAACCUCUUCACCACGCUGGAUGUCAGUCAUCAUGAGGAUGAACAUGAAGGCCCUGAGCUCCGGAAGCUGCCAGUGCCACAGGGACCCAACCCCGUGGUUGUGGUGUUGCAGCAGGUCUUCCAGCUUAUCCAGAAGGUGCUGAGCAAAUGGCUGAAUGAUGCCCAAGUGGUGGAGGCGGUGUGCGCUAUCUUUGAGAAGUCUGUUAAGACACUGCUGGAUGACUUUGCCCCCAUGGUGCCACAGCUGUGUGAGAUGCUGGGUCGGAUGUACAGCACCAUCCCCCAGGCCUCUGCUCUUGACCUCACUCGACAGCUGGUCCACAUCUUUGCUCAUGAACCUGCCCACUUUCCCCCAAUCGAGGCCCUCUUCCUGCUCGUCACCUCCAUCACACUCACUCUCUUCCAACAAGGUUUGAGGCUUACCAGGGGUUUCAGCUGGAGCCAGAGCGCUCUCUGCUGAUGUCAUCAUUAUGUGGUCCCAUGAUGCUGGCCUCUGCUCCAGUGGCCCAUGGGUAGGUGCAAAGCGAGCAGAAACUUGAGCCAGAAACCAAGUGUGGCCACCCUUAAAUCCUUAACUCCACCUCUCCCACUUCUUGCAUCCAGUCAGGGGCAAAUCUAGGUGGUCCUGACUCCUGAUUAUCCUGCAGACCGCCCACCUCUCUCCCCUCCCUCCAUGAUCACACAUCAGUGUCUGGGUUGCCCCAAUAGUCCUCUAACUGGUUUUCCUGACAUCUGCCCUUCCCUGCAGUCCAUUCUGCAUCCUGCAGUUGUAAUAUUCUUUAGAAAACACACAUCUGAGUAUUUUUCCCUCUCUGGCCGGAAACCCUUUCGUUGGCUGUCCAUUGCCUCAGGUUCUCACCCUGCUCCCACCCACAUGGUGCAGCCCCUGCAUACUCCUCAGUGUCUUCUGCCAGUGUCCCUGAGACACCAGCAGUCUAGCCACACUGACCUCUCCCUUUGAUGUCCCAUUUGAUCCUCUAACUGGAAUGCCCUGUGCCCUUUACUGGGUGAGCUCUUACUCCUCCAUGCCUUACUUAUGCAUCAGUCCUAGAAGCUUCUCUGGGGCAGAACUAGGUGCUUCUGACUUUAUGCUGAAACUGCAUCAUGUACACACUGCUGAUAUAGUACCAAUCAUACUCAAUAAUCAGCUUUCAUGUGUGUGUCUCUCUCCCUAGACUAAGCCCCUCAAGGGCAGGGUCGAGCCUCUUCUCUCUGCAGCCUCAGUGCCCAGAACAAGGCCAGCAUAGAGUAGGUAUCAGACACUAUUGAAGAAAGGAGGGUAAGGUCUCCCUGCCCUCGGAACCUUUCUUCCUCACUAUCUGGGGCCAGCCACUAGCAGGGUGGCUGCCGAAUGUCAAACAUGCUGUCUGUAGGGGGACCCUGGCAUAGGGCAUGGGCCUCACUCUCCAGGACCUGAGUAAAUCAGGGCUCAGAUGUGAAAGAGAUGGGCUUUAUCAGUGGCUCCUCAUAGCCUGGAAAAGGAAGCAUGGAAGAGAUAAUUAUCUACUUUACAGUUGGGGAAACUGGGCAUUUGUGGCUUGCACAAGAUCACACGGCUCCUUAGUGGUGUAUCAGGCAGAUGUUCGUGCAGCGCCUCCUCCUGAAAGGGGAACAGCCCAGGAGCUCUAGACACAUGCCUUGUCCUUGCCACAGGUGUCAACAGAACUGGAGGCAGAGUAGUGUCCAAAAUCAAUCAUACUUGCUGGGCUUGCUGGUUGUCUUGCAGGACAGGACGGCCCCCUUACCUGUUAUGCUGUCCUGGUCUUGCCAUUCCGUUCUCAGCCUCUGCCCUCCCACUGCACCAUGGGGUGACAUGUUGACUGGUUUCCCUCUUU